AUGUCUGGCGGUCACGGCGGUAAAACUUAUAUGGGAUGGUGGGGUAACAUCGGUUCCCCAAAGCAAAAGGGUGUCACCACUUACACUGUUUCUCCAUUUGCCCAAAGACCUUUGGCUCACGUUGCCCACAACGCUGUCUUCAACACCUUCAGAAGAAUCAAGUCUCAAGCUUUGUACAUCAUCAUUCCAUGCUCCAUGGUCUGGUACGUCUGGGCUAAUGCCAGAGACUACAAUGAAUACUUGUACACUAAGGCUGGUAGAGAAGAAUUGGAAAGAGUCAAUGUUUAA